UUGAUUUUGUAACUUGGGGACGCAUCAACGACAUGGCGCCACUGCCUAUGCCAAACCCUAGGGUCUUCCUAGAUGUAUCAAUUGGCGGUAGGAAUGCAGGUAGAAUGGUAUUCGAGCUAUUCAUGGACAAACUGCCAUAUACAUGUGAGAAUUUCAGAGCGCUUUGUACAGGAGAGACCGGUUUGGGUUAUUACCUGCGGCCACGUUGGUACAAGGACACGCCAAUACAUCGCAUAGUACCCGGAUUUAUGUGCCAAGGAGGUAACUUUAACACUGGCAACUCAUAUGGAGGAGAGUCUAUAUACGGCCAAUACAUGGCAGAUGAAUCAUUUGCAUAUAUGCAUUCCAAGCGUGGUGUCCUUGGAAUGGCAAAAACAAGGCAUAAGAACUCUAACGGAUCGCAAUUCUACAUUACAUUCAAACCAUGCUCACACCUAGACAACAAAAUGGUUGUCUUUGGGCACCUGGAGUACGGCCAGGAAGUACUGGAUGCUAUAGAAGAGCAAGGCUCAAUGCUAGGCAGACCCAAGCGACCAGUAAAUAUAUUCAAUUGCGGUGAAAUACCACUAGAUUGUGUAUACGACCCCGAAAUAAACAAUCCAGUAAGGAAGGAUUCAGAGUUGUACAUAGCAAAGUCGGAUAUCGAAAAGCCAGUUUUCAUCAAGGAGAAGUGGGAACGUGAACAGUCACCCAAAAGUAUCAUACCAGACGAAGUGUACAAACGAGCACAGUAUAACUUCUAAGGCCAUGAAU